UGUUUUCUUACAAAGAAGGAAAGGAGUAGGAGGAAAAUCAUUCCACAGCCCAAGUCUGAGAGAUUCAGUACCCUGUAAGAAGCACUGAACGGAGAAGAUGAUCGUGUGUGUCGCGGUCGUCGGUCAUCAGAACAAUCCACUGUACAUACAGAGUUUUACUGAAGCAGAUGAUGCACUCAAGCUCCACCACAUAGUUCACUGCUCCCUUGACGUUGUUGAUGAGCGAGUGAAUAAUCCAAAGAAAUCUGGGCUGACAUUGAAUGAGACAUUUCUUGGAUUGCUUUAUCCAACUGAGAAUUAUAAAGUGUAUGGUUAUUUGACAAACACGAAGGUGAAAUUCAUCUUGGUCACAACUGAUUUAGAUGUCAGAGAUGCAGACGUCAGAAAUUUUUUCCGGAGAUUCCAUGCUGCAUACGUGGAUGCAGUUUCAAACCCUUUUCAUGUCCCGGGUAAAAAGAUCACGUCCAGAACUUUUGCAGAAAGAGUAAGCAACAUCGUCAAGUCAUUUGGUUUGAGCUCAGCAGGCUAAAUUCAGCCACUUCCACUUCUAAACCUGCUGGAUUCCUUCAUGCAACCAUUGGAUAUUGCCAUUUUCUUUUCAUUACCCUUUUCAUGCUCUCUGCUUCGGCUAGUAAGUGAACAAAUAUAUUGUACUCUGAGCUGCAGCUAAGAAAAAACAAGUGAUUUUACCUCUUAAUUAGAGAUGGUUCAUUUUUAUUUUUGUGCAUAUUAUUCUUGAAAAAACUUGACAAAAAUCAUAAUUGUAUCUUCGUGUGUUAUCUUUUCGUUCAAUAUUUUGACUAUAUUUACUAUGA